AUGUCUUCAUUCUUACCUGUGAAUAAUAUCUCUUCGCCACCAGACCGCGUCAUGGAGGAAGCGACAACGUCUUCCACACCUCGACCUCAUCCCAAAGCCGGAUCAGUCUCACAAGACACUAUACAAUCUCUGGGUGCCGCCCAUGACGAGAGUACCCCUCGGAAUAUUAGCAUCGAUGACUCUCACCAUGCCGACUCCCAAGGGAGCGCAUCGCUAACCUCAGAGGAUCCCAUGCACGGUGAGUCGGACGAAGGCUCCGACCAUGAGGCGGAAACUAAGGGAGGCGCGCCACCCUCGAAGAAGAAGAAAGGUCAACGGUUCUACUGCACAGACUUUCCGCCAUGUAACCUGAGCUUUACUCGAAGUGAACAUCUCGCCCGUCACAUUCGCAAACACACCGGGGAACGUCCGUUUCAGUGCCACUGUUCUCGUCGCUUCUCUCGACUCGAUAACCUACGACAGCAUGCUCAAACUGUACAUGUCAACGAGGAGAUCCCUGGCGAUUCCCUCGCCGCCACCGGGACGCGCUUCCAGCGCCAAAUCCGGACCGAUCGUGUACGGCCCCAGGGGCGAGCCAGAGCAGGGACGGCAGGCAGCCAGGGAACCCAUAGCAGAGGUCACAGUCGAAACCUAUCCGCGUCUAGCAUCACAUCUACUGCGUCUACAUUCAGUCAGCCCCAGGAGCUUCGCCGUCGACCUGCACCCUUGAUGAUGGCAAACGACAGAGCGCGUCUGAUGGAGCAGAUGGAUGCCCCUAGCACUCCUCCAGCCCGGGGGCUUCCUGGUCCGACAGCGGGUGGAUCUCCCUACACACCAUCCCAUCACGUCUUCUCGGCCGGCGGUAACGGCAGUCCGCAUGUAGCUUCGCCGAUCUCUACAGCGUCGCAGGCAUCGGGCUUUUGGGAAGGCAAGACUGCCGCCCGGCGCCUAUCUGUUCCCACGGGUGCAAACCCAUUCGCCUCGCAGCAUGUCAACGUCUACCCACCUGGUUAUGUCGCGACGCAGGCGUAUGCUCCCCAUGGGAGCGUCUACGCAAGCCCUGUCAACUCAACCUACUCACUCGCCCGCGACGAAACAAGCCACAGUGCUACCGAUACUGAUCUCCGGAGACGAACUUGGCAUCCUUCAACUUGGUCAGCGGUUCCUCGACCUGCUACGAGUGGCCUCAGCAACUACCAGACACCUGAGGUGUUCAAGCCAUCGUUUAGCAACGGGUCGACCGAGCAGCCGCCGCGGCUGCCAGGCAUUGAGAGCUUUGACAAGGUGGUGGCUCAGCGACCUUUGACUCCUCCAGUCCGGCGAUCGAGUCCGAUGCAAAUCGACAACCCCAACAAACCGCCUCCGAAUUAUAACUUUGGGGGUGGCUUCAACUAUACCCAGCCCGCAAAACGACCGGCGCCGCCGAUCUCUGGCCCUGGACACCGACGUGGCCAUGUCUCUUGGGACAUGUCAUUGCACACCAACCUCACCGGGCUGCACAUCAGAGACAAGCCUGCACAGCGGGACGCCUCAAACUGGAGCCAACAAACCAUCGCCGAGCUUCACAAUGUGGGCUCUCGACCGUCGUCUUCCUACCAACAGCAGUUUCAAGAGUACCGAGGGCAUGGGCACGCUCCCUCGUAUAGUAAUGCUACCUCGAGCUCUCAGGCAACGCGAACUUCGCCCGAGGACUCCAGUAGCAGCGAAGGGGUCCACACCCCCUCCACGGCCUCUCUCGAAUACCAUCCGGCUAUUGUGCACAACAACGGAUACGUGGAGCCGCACCAUCCUCCAUUCUCCUCGGAUACCUCUCAUGCAGCUUGUCCCCCUCUUCCUCCACAGUCUGAUAGUUACCAUGGCAAACAUGAUCCACGGACCGAAUUUCUUCCGCACUCUGCGCGAGAACCUGGAAUGGGUCGACUGGAAGCGCUAGUUGCGGUUGCUACGAGCGAGAACAAGGGUGCUGCGAAGUUGUUUCUCUGA